AUUGUGCAAACCCAGCUGGUCUCCUCACCCCCACCCCACCCCCACCAUCUGCCUGCAAAAUGCUUCUUGAAUUCCCACUACAAUGCAAAAGAGCAAGAUAAUAAUUUUUAGCUUUUGAUCACUUCUGCAAGGAUUUUUUAUCUCGAAAAUUUCUGGGGUCUCCCAAAAUUUGAUCAUUUUUAUUUCUUGGCUCCUCCGUUUAUCUUUUCCAUUUCAUUUCAUGGGUAAACGAGCAGACUAAUUGAUAGUACAAAAUUUAGAACACAGAGUGCGUAACAGAGAGAAAAGGCUGCAAAAUAAUUAUUAUUUCAGCUAGCAACACUGUGCCUCUUCUUGGGAUUGUUUCUUCUCAUUGGAGUUCUUGUAGCAAGUAACUGAAAUACCAAAAUAAUAAGUCUAUAAAACUUUUUUUUUUCACCUUGGCAUGAAGAGACUCGGGAGUUCUGAGAUGUCUAUGUGUCCCAACUCAACAGUUGAUGUGGACGAACACAACCACCAUGGCUUGUACACGACGGAACUGGAAGGUAUGGAGGAGGAAUCCGGCCGAAUUUCGGAGAAGAAGAGGAGAUUGAGCGUUGACCAAGUCAAGGCCUUGGAGAAGAAUUUCGAGGUGGAUAACAAACUCGAGCCGGAAAGGAAAGUCAAGCUGGCUCAGGAGCUCGGCUUGCAGCCGCGCCAGGUGGCGGUCUGGUUCCAGAACCGCCGCGCGCGCUGGAAGACCAAGCAGCUAGAGCGAGACUACGGCCUCCUCAAAGCCAGCCACGACGCCCUCAACCGGAAAUAUCAAUCUCUUCUGAGAGAGAACGAGUCAUUCAUCAAUCAGAUUCGGGAGAUGAAAUCGGAGUUGAAUGGGAGCCAGAGCGAGGGCAAAAUUGCGUUGCUGGAGGAAAAAUGCGAUCUCGAAAUCGACUGCGGCGGCGGUGCUGCGGCGGAGCUGAAUUUCGAGAAUUGCGAAAACGAGAUGAUCGGAGCGGUUUUCGCCGAUGUGAAGGACGGAUCUGAUAGCGAUUCGAGCGCGAUUGUGAACGACGACAACAACAGCAACAGCCCGAUCGCGGCGGCGAUAUCGUCCUCCGGCGGGGUUCCCCAUCGCUUCGGAUUGACGGAGGCGAGUGUUGUUGGAGAUCCGAACGAAACGCAGUUUGUGAAGAUCGAGGAGUAUAAUUUUUUUGGCGAGGAAUCGUGUAGCGAUUUGUUUUGCGAGGAUCAACCUCCAACUCUUCAUUGGUACGGAAAUGAAGAGUGGAACUGAAGAUUAAAUAAAGACGAAAAGUUUCUAUCAUUUGGAAAUAAAUUUAAAGCCCUCCUUGAAAUUAAGCCGAUUCAUGUGGAAAUUUUGUAUAAUAAUAUGAAAUUAGUACAUGUAAAUUAAAAAGUUCUGGAGAUUGAGGUCUCAA